GUGAUGCUUUCUGCAUUCCCAGGUUGAUUUGAUUGUUUUAGAAAUAGGAAAUAAUUUUUUUUGCAAAAGAAAAUGAAUGUUAAAUCCUAAGCCCGACCGCACACAAUCACCAACCAACAUGAACGUGUUCAACACUAUGCCCACUGUUGCAGACAUGGGCAUGGUCUGGAUGGGUUCCGGCCCAGCCACAAGUGACAUACCCAUGGGGAUGAUGGCUAAUGAUCAUGGCGAUAUGAUGCUAGACCAUGAAAACAUUUAUUAUACACCUUCGCAUCACAGCAUGUCUAGUCAGUCCAUGGAUGAUAUGAACACCAUACACAGCAGCUCACAUUUAACGGAUUCAAUGGAGAACUACGAAAUGAUGAACUUCAUCGACAUGAAGCACGAAAGCAGCGACUCGAACUUCGCCGAGGACGAAAACUCGCAGCCCGUCUACAUGAUAACGACGUCGACGCAGACGUUGCCAUUUCCGACACGGAAAAUCAAACCGGUCAAACAUCCGGGACUGGUGCUCAAAACGCCGAUCGCCUACCAAAGCAAUACCGAUCCCUCCGUUAUACCGAUACAAAAAGACGGAAUCGCCGUUUGCGAGAAAUGCGGGGCGAUAGGGGUGAAGCACGCCUUCUACACGCGGGAAAGACGGUUUUGCAGCAUGGCCUGUGCAAGGGGCUACAGCGGCCUUAUACCCGAACCGUUACCGCAAUCGAAUCAGAACACGCCCGACACCAAACAACACUUCGCCAAGUAUCGUUUUACACAGAAAACGGAGGACGACUACACCGAUGCUGAAGUUCAGGAACCCGUUCCUCAGUUGAUCCCGCCUCCCGUCGAUCCACCAGUCGAUGAUUCCUUGCCACUGAUAAGGAGGAAAUUGGCCGGAUUGGCGAAUUCCUUCGACUGGGACUCGCAACUGAACGAUCAGUAUUUCGUAGCAGCACCCGUCACGUGUUUUAAGCACGCACCCAUGUCGGAUAUAUGGGAGAACAUCAUGGUUGGAAUGAAGGUGGAAGUAGAAAACACAGAUUGCGACGACAUUUCAGACACGUUUCCCGAUUCAUUUUGGGUGGCCACAGUCAUGAAAAUUGUCGGUUACAAAGCUCAGCUUCGGUACGAGGGUUUCGGUUCGAAUGACUCGAAAGAUUUCUGGGUGACAUUGUGCUCUAAUAUGGUUCAUCCAGUUGGGUGGUGCGCCACCAGGGGUAAACCGCUGAUACCACCUAGAACGAUUCAAGACAAGUACUCCGAUUGGAAGGACUUUUUGAGGAAACGAUUGACCGGUGCCAGGACGUUGCCGUCGAAUUACAGCACGAAGGCCAGCGACAGUCAGCGGUCGAGGUUUGAGGUCGGGUUGAAUCUGGAGGUGGUCGACAAGAAUAGGAUAUCGCAGGUGAAGGUGGCAAUCGUGCAUAAAAUCGUGGGGAAGAGGCUCAACGUCAAAUAUUUCGACCUGCCGCAGGACGAUGCGGGUUUUUGGUGCCACGAGGAUUCCCCUUUGUUGCAUCCUGUUGGAUGGGCGAAGAAAGUGGGUCAUCACAUCGUCGCUCCGGUCGAGUAUAUGGAACGCAUCAACCAAGGUCUGUACGACGAGUACGACGCAACUGAGGAACUAUUCACCCCAUUCCAAGUGGGUUCAAGGGACCACGUAGCUGCAGCCGGCUUCUGCAUAGGUAUGAAACUCGAAGCAAUCGAUCCUCUAAACCUGUCAUCCAUCUGUGUGGCCACCGUCAUGGACGUGUUGCGCUUCGGCUACAUAAUGAUCCGCAUCGACACCUACGAUUCGGACGCAACUGGGGCGGACUGGUUCUGCUAUCACGUCAAGUCGCCUUGCAUCUUUCCGGUAGGUUUCUGCGAACGUUCCGGCAUACCCCUCACACCGCCCAUGGGCUAUGGUCAGGCAUUGUUCAAUUGGACGCAGUAUCUGCGCGACACGAACAACGAGGCGGCCGAACCGUCCUGCUUUAACAACUAUGUGCCGCUGCAUGGUUUCGUUGCCGGCAUGAAGAUCGAAGCUGCCGAUUUAAUGGAUCCAAGGCUGGUGUGCGUUGCCACCGUGGCGAAGGUAGCCGGCAGGAUACUGAAAGUGCACUUCGACGGAUGGGAGGACGAGUACGACCAGUGGUUGGACUGCGAAAGUCCCGACAUUUAUCCGGUCGGCUGGUGUCAGAGUGUCGGACACAAGCUCGAGGGUCCGCCUGCCCAGCCCAAACCUUCAUCACAGGUCAAGACGCCAAAAGCGAGUACUGUCUCUGUAGGCAUCAAGAAGAAGGGAAAAAAGAAGAAAACCAAGGAGAUGAAAUCGACAUCUUCGAACACGGUCAUCAAGCUGAUGAAGCCAGAUGAAUCGAUCGCGGACCAGUCGGUGACCAACACGACAAUCAGUUCGAGCAGCGGUGUCGGUGGUGGUGCGAUGACGAGCGGGAUGAGCGUGAUCACGACGACCACCGAAGACGUGACGGUGAAGGAGGAGGCGAGCGACGACAACGCUGGACCGGAAACUGGUGAGGAACCCGCCGCACCUGUUCUCAAUCAGCCUAUCGCUUCUGAUGUGGUCGAUCCGCCACACGAAAGGAAAGUCAACACCAAUGGUAACACUAGUACAAAAUAUAUACCUCGAUUAGUUGAUACCUCAGGGGGGACCAACGAAUCUGGCAAAUUGGUUCCGGACGAGUGGAACGUUUUCGAUGUUGCGCAAUUUUUGAGGGUUAACGAGUGUGCGAAUUACUGUGACGCCUUCACCAAACAGAAGGUGGACGGGAAGUCAUUGAUGAAUUUGAAUAAGGAGGAUAUCUUGGAAUAUACGGGCGGAAAAGUUGGACCCUCAUUAAAAAUAUAUGAUCUCAUACAACAGUUGAAAAUAAAAGUAAAUCCCUCGCAACUGCGCCAUAUGAAAGUAAACAAUAUCAAAAAGUUUUUAUAGUGCCUACAACCUUCAGAUAACUUGAGUGCAUGAGGCUCAACUCUCUAAAAGUUGGUAAUGUAUCUCAAGUAGUGAUAUUUAAGUUAAUUCCUUUUUCUUCUGUUUUAUAUAUAGUGUGUUUGAAUAUGUGUGUACCACCAUGAAGGAGCACGUUCCUGAUGCAAAGGUAGUGUAUCUAGUGUUUGUACCUUCAAUAUCAGAGGAGCUAACAGUUUUUAAUGUUGACGAAUAUGAAUGCAUCUUCAGUCGAGUUAGCAGUUGAAGUAAAUAUUCAACUGCCAACAUAUUUGUCAUUUUGCAUUCCUAUUAGUUACCUUUGAAGGCCUCUACCACUUCUGUGGUGUAAAUUAACAUACAUAUACUUGCUUCGUAAAUGGGCCCCUUCAAGGUGGUUCGCGAAUAUUCAAUCACUCUGUAAAUAUAAUAUAUUUAUAUUUUUGCGUGUGACUUUCAUUUGUAUUAAUUUAUAUUAUGAAUCGCCUUUCUCGUAUUGAAUUAAAAUGUAAUCGGAUACAAAUAAUUUGUAUAUUAUUCCAGAUCGAAAUUAUCAAUAAAGUUAUACAAAGUAUUCAAUUUC